ACACACACACACACACACACACACACACACACACACACACACACACACACACACACACACCGUGCAGCAGCAGCAGCAGCAGCAGCCGCAGAUCUCCGCCAGAAAACGGUUGCAGAUCUGCGUUAUUUCAGGCAGAACGGAGCCUAAAACCGGGGCAAACGGAACCAGAACGGGGACUAAAACCGAGCCGCUGUAACCCGGGACAACCAGGCAGGUGUGUCCGGUGUCACGGCUCCGGUACCGGGUCCGGUUCUGCUGCUGAAGAGGAGGAGAAACGGGAAUCAAAGCGGAACAGACACAGGAUCGAUGGUCUGAGGUCUGUCAGGAUGAUGAUGACCUCUGAGAAGAUGAAGAAGAAACCUCCUAAAGACAGUCUGACUCUGCUGCCAUGUUUCUACUUUGUGGAGCUUCCCAUCGUGGCGUCCUCCAUGGUGUCGCUGUACUUCCUGGAGCUGACCGACGUGGUGCAGCCCGCUCAGGUGGCGUUCCGCUGCCACGACCGCGAGCUCAGCAUGCCGUACGUAGACGCAGGAGACGAGCUCAUCCCACUGCUGAUGCUGCUGAGCCUCGCCUUCGCUGGGCCGGCUGCCUCGAUCAUGCUGGUGGAGGGCGUGAUCUACUGCCUGCAGUCCAGACUGAAGCUGCGGCGAGCCGAGGGGAGCAUCAACGCUGGAGGCUGCAACUUCAACUCCUUCCUCAGGAGGACCGUCCGCUUCGUAGGCGUGCACGUGUUCGGGCUGUGUGCGACGGCGCUGCUGACUGACAUCAUCCAGCUGUCGACGGGCUACCACGCCCCGUUCUUCCUCACCGUGUGUAAACCCAACUACACGCUGGCCGCCGCUUCCUGCGCCACCAACGCUUACAUCACCAGAGACAUCUGCUCGGGGCACGACCUGCACGCCAUCAUGGCCGCCAGGAAAACAUUCCCUUCCCAGCAUGCAACUCUGUCGGCCUUCGCUGCUGUUUAUGUUUCUAUGUACUUUAACUCGAGCAUCUCCGACAGCACCAAGCUGCUGAAGCCCCUGCUGGUGUUUGCCUUCGCAAUCGCCGCAGCGAUGAGCGGGCUGACGCAGAUCACGCAGCACCGCAGCCAUCCCAUAGACGUCUAUGCAGGCUUCCUGAUCGGAGCCUUCAUCGCCGCGUACCUGGCGUUUCAUGCUGUGGGUAACUUCAAGUCCUCUGAUGACAUGACUGCGGCCCCGCCCCCCCCGCCGCCGAAGGAGGACGCUCUGCGGGCGCUGACGGAGCGAGGACACGAGUCUGUCUACAACAAAGGCCCGGCCUCCGCCUCCGAGAGCAACGACGAGAUAGCCGCUGCGCCUGGACCGCUGCUGGACCGUCUGGAGGGCCGGGGGCCGCUGCAGAGGGAGACGGGCUCCAUGGAGACCCUGAAGAGAGCCAGCGUGGACGUGGAGCUGCUCGCUCCUCGCAGCCCGAUGGGGAAGGAAACCAUGCUGACCUUCAGCAACACGCUGCCCAGAGCCAGCGCCAACGCCAACGCCAAUGGGGGGGUGCUGGGGUCCAGCCCGCCGCCCGAGGACCCUCCUGUGCAGCCGGUGCAGCGGCGUCUGAAGGCGGUGCAGGGCCCCGUGGACCCGCUGCGCUCGCAGCAGCUGGUGUCGGAGUGGAAGCAGAAGUCGAUGGAGAUGCGCGGGCUGAGCGUGCGCAGCGAGGCGGAGCGAGACGCCAGCGAGGACGGCUCCAUGGGGGCAGACGAGGUCUUCCAUCCCACAGUGCAUUCUGGGAGGCCGGCGUCCGCUCGCAACCCAACUCCGCCUCCGGGCGGCGCCAAAGCUGUGGCCACACCACGCCCGCCGCAGAUCCCCGAGGCAGGGCCGCCGCCUGUGUCCCCGAAGAGCGCCGUGACCCGCGCCAAGUGGCUUGCCAUCCGGGAGAAGGCGAGCGGCGAGGGGACAGGCCGCAGCGCCGCCAACACGCCCAGACUCAUGCAGGUGGUUUCCAUGGCAAAGCAGCACAGCGUCCUGGCGGCGUCCUCAGAGACCUCCAGCUGCUCCGGCUCCUCCACGGCCGAAUCUCCACAGCAGCGUGGCGGGAUCGUCACCGUGGACGCCCACGCCCCUCACCACCCGGUGGUCCAGGCCACGCCCCCUCGCCACGCCCCUCACCACCACGUGGUCCAGGCCACACCCCCUCUGCAGACCCCACCCCCACCACAGGCCCCGCCCCUGGCCGGAAACGGGAGCCCGUGGGAGUGGGCGUCAGACGGCGGUGACCCGCGGGACGCCUACGACCUGAACAGCCUGACCCGCGGCGACUCAGCGGCGCGCGGCAGCAGCUUCCGUCCGCACCGCUCCGCCUCACCGCGCGGCGUGGGCGGGGGGGCGACGACGCACGCUGAGGCCGAGGCAGCAGCAGACGCUCAGCGCCGAGAGAUUGCCAUGAGACGCAAGACGGCGCUGGUUCUGUUGGAUCGAGAGCUGCGUGCGCAGGCGGAGCAGGAGAACCUUUAUCUGCAGGGACGCAGGUUCAAGGACUAGUCUCGUAAACCUUUCAAAAUAAAAUAGUCUUGGAACCUUUCAAAAUAAAAGCCUUAUUAUGAAAGUGACAGUGCAGAGCGGGCGCAGCGAGGACUCGGGGGGGUGCGCCAUGGAUUCUGAUUGGAUAUCAGUUGGUUAGGGAAACUUCAGUUUUAUUAAAUAAACACCAGUUUAUCUUGGAUGUAAAAGAACUUCUGCUGUAAAACGUGUUUGGUAGUAAACAGAGACUUCAUAAAUUAUCUUUUAACCCUUGUGUUGUCUUCCCGUCAACCAUUAACUUUUUGUCCUUAUGGGUCAAAAUUGA